AUGCCCUCCGAUCCCCAAAUCCCUAAAAUGACAAAUCCCAUCUCAUCUGAUUUCCCCUCCGCCACAUCCACCGCCGUCAAGCUGACUCACCACGGCGGCGACCACCAGUCCUUGCUCCCUGGUCUCCCCGACCACAUAGCCCAGAUAUGCCUCUCCCUCGUCCCGCCGUCGGUCCUCUACUCCGUCUGCCGUUCGUGGCGCCGCCUCAUCUACUCCCAAUUCUUCCCUCCAUUUCUCUCCCUCUACGCCGUCGCCUUUCCCUCCGCCGCCGCCGUCCCGCCGGACACCUUCCCAGACCCCAUUGAAUUCCUAUCCUUCGACCCCAUCUCCCGCCGCUGGUGCCUCCUCCCCCCGCCACCCUCCGACCCCGACCCGCCGCGCUUCCUCUUCCGCCACCCCACCUUCAUCUGCCGCGACAUGCCCGUCCAGUCCGUCUCCGCCGCCGGGACCCUCGUCGUCCUCGCCGCCACCGACGAUCUCUUCCUCCCCGCCCUCCCCCGCCCACUCGUCUUCGAUCCCCUCGCCGGAUCCUGGAGCUGCGGCCCGCGGAUCCCCGCGCCCCGCCGCUGGUGCGCCGCCGGAUUCUCCGGCGGCGCCGUCUACGUCGCCGGAGGGAUUGGAGCGAGCUACAGCUGCGGCGUCGCCCGAUCUGCUGAGCGGUGGGACAUCGCCCGCCGGCCGCCGCCGGAGGCGGCGGCGUGGCGGAGGUUGGCGGACCUGAGGGACGGGAAGUUCAGCCGAGACGCGGUGGAGGCGGUCGGGUGGAGGGGGCUGUUGUGCAUGGUGAGCGCGAAGGAGGGGGUGGUGUACGACCCGGCGGCGGACCGGUGGCGGGAGAUGCCGGCGGGGAUGCUGGCAGGGUGGAGGGGGCCGGUGGCAUCGAUGGAGGAGGAGACGAUCUACGUGGUGGACGAGGCGGCGGGGGUGCUGAGGAGGUACGACGGGGAGGGGGAUGCUUGGCGGGACGUGGCGGCGAGCGGGCUGAUGAGGGGGGCGCAGAAGUUAACGGCCGGCGGCGGGAGGGUGUGCGUGCUGUGCGGCGGCGGGGAAAAGAUCGUGGUGGUGGACGUGGCGGGGCCGCCGCCGGCGAGGAUGUGGGUGGAGGAUGUGCCGCCAGGGAUACAAGUGGUUGGGAUUCAUAUACUGCCAAGAUUGCACGGAUCAGUAAAGAUUCAUCGAGUCGCCGGAAAAACGAGCUGA